CAUAAAGUACCUUGGGGUACUCUGGUCGUUGUGCGUCUGUCUCUGGAUCCCCAAAGGGGUGGGAGGGUUUUAUUCAGAUCAUAACAGAUUGACUGCUCUUGAUUUUUCUUUUUCCUUCUGUCAAUUUUGCUCAUCUUUUUGUCUCAUCCCCUGAAAAAUCCUGACUCUUUUUUUGUUUAGUUUUUUAUAAUAUUUUCUUUUUUUUUAUGCUGAGAGUAUUUGCUUUUGUUUUAGUUCAAAACUGAACUUAAUUUCAGCCCUGCAGAGAAAAACAACCUGCAACAGUUUGCAGCGCAUUGAAAAACAUAAUUAGCUCUGGAAUUAAUUUGCCAUAACCAGCGUCUGGUGGAGCAUUGACCAACCACGUUUUCCUCCAGGCGUUUCACAAACACAGUUUUUGCAGCACCCUUCAAAGGAAAUCCCUGCUGAAGAGAUGUCCUCAGUCAUAGUCCCCGAAAAACCUUCGUCCAACACCAUGGGUCCCAAAGAGGUGGAGCUGAUCCUUGUCAAAGAGCAGAACGGGGUUCAGUUUACUUCGACCACCUUAGUGACUCCAGCUGCACCGCAAACGAGCCGCAGUGGCGAGGAGGAGAGGGAGACCUGGGGGAAGAAAAUCGACUUCCUCUUGUCUGUGAUUGGAUUUGCCGUGGACCUCGCAAACGUCUGGAGAUUUCCUUACCUCUGCUACAAGAACGGAGGAGGUGCUUUCCUGGUGCCGUACCUGUUCUUCAUGCUGAUAGCAGGAAUGCCUCUCUUCUACAUGGAGCUGGCUCUAGGACAGUACAACAGAGAGGGGGCUGCAGGGGUCUGGAAGAUAUGUCCCAUAUUUAAAGGUGUGGGCUUUACAGUCAUCCUAAUUUCCCUUUAUGUUGGCUUCUACUAUAACGUCAUCAUCUCCUGGGCCCUCUUCUACCUGUUUUCAUCGUUCACCUGGGAGCUACCCUGGGUCCACUGCAACAACACCUGGAACAGUCCAAACUGCUCCGAUUGGGCUGACAACAACACAGUCAGUGACAUUUACACUGCCACACCGGCUCAGGAGUACUUUGAACGCGGGGUCCUUCAUAUUCAGGACAGUAAUGGUAUUGAUGACCUGGGCCGUCCCCGCUGGCAGUUGACUGCGUGUUUGGCUGUAGUGAUUGUCUUACUUUACUUUUGUCUCUGGAAGGGAGUCAAAACCUCCGGAAAGGUUGUGUGGAUCACAGCCACCAUGCCCUAUCUGGUCCUGACUGUUCUGCUGCUGCGUGGAGUCACCCUGCCCGGAGCCAUCGAUGGCAUUAAAGCCUACCUUUCCGUAGACUUCCUGAGACUCUGCGAUGCCAAGGUCUGGAUUGAGGCAGCAACGCAGAUCUGUUUCUCCCUGGGAGUGGGGUUUGGUGUGCUAAUUGCCUUUUCCAGCUACAACAAAUUCAGUAACAACUGUUACAGAGAUGCCAUCAUAACCAGCUCCAUCAACUCUUUAACCAGUUUCUUCUCUGGCUUUGUGGUCUUCUCCUUUCUUGGGUAUAUGUCCCACAAGCACAACGUGGCUCUUGAUAAAGUUGCUCGGGAUGGUGCCGGCUUGGUCUUUGUCAUUUAUCCAGAAGCUAUUGCAACAUUACCUGGCUCGUCAGUGUGGGCAGUUAUUUUUUUCAUUAUGCUGCUGACUUUAGGCAUUGACAGUGCUAUGGGUGGGAUGGAGUCAGUGAUCACAGGGCUAAUUGAUGAAUUCAAAUUCCUUCACAAGCACAGGGAGCUGUUUACUCUCUUUAUUGUUGUUUCUACCUUUCUGAUAUCCCUCUUCUGCGUCACAAGUGGAGGCAUGUAUGUUUUUACUCUGCUGGACCACUUUGCCGCAGGAACAUCGAUUCUCUUUGGAGUGCUUAUUGAAGCCAUCGGCAUCGCUUGGUUCUACGGUGUUGAUCGUUUUAGCGACGACAUCAAGGAGAUGAUUGGGCAUCGACCAGGCAGGUACUGGAGGCUUUGCUGGAAGUUUGUCAGCCCAUGCUUCCUUCUGUUUAUGGUUGUUGUGAGCUUUGCCACGUUCAACCCUCCAAACUACGGCUCCUACAUGUUCCCGCCGUGGGCUAACAUGCUGGGGUGGUGUCUGGCAAUGUCCUCCAUGACUAUGGUUCCUCUCUAUGCCAUUUACAAACUCUGCACACUGCCUGGAAAGUUUUGCCACAGGUUAGCUUAUGCCAUCACCCCUGAAACAGAGCAUCAUCUAGUGGACAACGGGGAAGUUCGGCAGUUCACUCUGCGUCACUGGUUGGUCGUCUGAAAGCUGCAAAGAACAGAACAGAGCGAGUGACAGGAGGAGACAGACUGAUGAAAGGGAUGCGGGGUGGAUGGAUGCAUACACAACAAAGGUCUGGCGAGCUAAGAAGAGGAAAGCCAUUUAUAUUGAUUACGGUGAUGUCCACAGGCCGAGACACUUAGAAGUGCCAAUGAAUUAAAAAAAAAAGAGGAAACCCCCGUCACGGUUAUAGCCGUGUCCUCUCUUUUCAAGAUGUGUCAAACUCUGCAUUCUCCACCCUAUUUCUCCACAAGCUGGUGAAAGGAAGUCAGUCAAACAGUUUAUGUGGUGUUCAUGUGCUACAUGCAUAAAUGCAAAUGUUUCCAAAUGCAUACGAUGCUAGUUUUAGCCUGCUAGAUAGAUAUCCGUGAAAUGUCUCCAAAACUUUCUGACACAAAAAUGUAGUUUGUGUCAAGUGCAUAAUUGCACAGAAUCAAACAACACAAUCAUUGAUGUAAAGGGGCUACAAAAAAGUUGCUGUUUUUUUUUUAUUUUGCUACAAAGAUUUUAAACAUUUUUAAGAAAAAGUUUUAAUUUUUUCCCCCAAUAUGUAUUAGCAUUUGUAAGUCAUAAGUGAUUAAUAUAAACGGUUGUUUACCUACUUUCUAAGACUGUUAUAAGGAAAUGAUAUUUUCCGUAUGUUUAAAGAUUAUAUAAUAGGUAUAGGUCAAAAGUGACUGUUAGGCCACAUUUUGCUUAAAAACUGUAAUUUGUUGAUGGAUUUUUAUUUCUUAGUUCUCUUAUCUGAAAUAAUUUUGUCAAUAUAAAAUACUAGAGGCAUGUUAUGAACUUUUCACUGACCUAGCUCAACAAAGAUCCACCAGAUCUGCAAAACAUUGCUCUCUAAGUAAAAACAUUCCUCUUUGAGUUAUGUUAUUGCAGAAUUGCUGCCAUUUUUCCAUCCUCCUGUUUGUUUUACAUGAUGAACUGCAACCUGAAAGACUCCUUCUCAACAAUGUUGGCACUAAAACAGUUGUUAGUAUCAGCUUCGCUUUGUAAUAAUAACCCUUUCAACCCCCUUUUAAGACCUCAUCCAGACAACAGAAUAGUUUGACUUUUCACAUGCAGCCAUUCUCCUGCUACGUAAUAGGUGUGACGGUUAAGCACACUUGGGAAAAACCUGCAAAUACAAAUAUAGAAUUUGUUUUUAAGAGCAGUGCUUUUAUUGGCUAAGAGGAAAACCAUGUGCAACAAAGCUAAAGCCACGUUUUUUAAUGGUCCGGCCACAAGAAGUAAUGCAAGAAAUUCGGAACUGUUUUGCGAAGGAUAUAUAGUUUCUAACAAGAAGUUAAGACAUUGGAUUAAGAUCUGGCCACAACAAAACAGCAUCACAGUAAUAGAAAGCGCACAUAGACAGGUCAGAAUUGAAACAAAAAUAACAAACACAAAUGCGCAAGAGAAUUUGUGCAAAUUGGAGAAUCCAAGCCGUAAAAUAAAUCCCCAGUGCUGACCUGAAUAUAGAUUUUUACUGUUGAACCCAAACAAUCUGAAAAUGUAGAAAGGAAUUGAUCCUUCCAAAAACUGCAACAAAGGGUGUCAGUAGGUGGUAAAAAGACAGCCCACAGAAACAAAAACAUUCUCUCAAUGUCAAACUGAGCAUCUCUUGUUGUCGGUGGUGUACGAGCAUACAUGUCAAUCUGUUCUAAUAAUACCUUUGUUCCAUUUAUUUCAUUCGAACCACCAAAGAACAUAGAAAUUUAAAUAUUGCUUCCUCGCAUUGAAACAUGUCAGUGCAAACUCCAGUCAUUAAAGUAUCUCUAUACAUUUUUUGGUAUUGGGUUUAUGUUUUAAUUUUCCUUCUAGGGUUUACACCAACCUGUCCUCUGUGUUUAAAGACUGUUUAAAAAGCUGCUUUUUAUCAAACUGCAAACUAAUGUAGUCAAUUAAGAUUAUUUGCAUAAAUAUGUAUGUGAAACUAAAUGUAAUGUAACCAAUGAAUUGUGUUGUACUGUACUGUAAGGUAUUACAUUGCAAGAGAAACAAAUACUCUAUAUACAUAUUUUAGCCUUAAGAAGCUUCUUGAAAACAAUUUCCAGACAUCUAUAUGACUCCCACACCUGCCAGCUCUUCUCUUGUUACACACUGAAGGGUUCAUUGCGUUCCAAGUUGUAUGCCUGUGUUGCUGUGUUGUGUUUCGUGGUGUUUCUGACUGUAUGACUUUGUUUUGUAAUGUCAAACAAAGUAUCAAAAAUAAAACAGAGACACUUAAAAAUGAC